UUACUAGGGGCGUGGAAUCAAUGUGUAAAAAGGGGACCUCGCAGUUGGAUACAUUGUGGGAUGCAAAACGUUGGCAAUUUAAUGCUGAGAAUAUUCACCUGGACAUUCAAUCAACAUUACAACACUACGUUGAAGAUUCAUCGCCUCUGAAAGCCGUAUGAGACACUCGCGCCGGUAACCUGCAGAAAGCUCAGCAGCAGGGGAAGCUCCCACCACAUCGGAUGAGACAGCCUGCAUAGCCGCUAGUCAUUUGGCGGCAACAGGGCUAUAUAAGACGUAGGCGAGGGAUGCAAGAUUGGAUGUGCAGACUGACAUCGUUCCUUUGAUACCCCCAUGCUGGAGAAUUGCGUAACUGAGCGGGUGCUGCAGGUCUUCCAUCCCCACUCCACCUUAGUGUCCGGAACAACCAUAUGGCAUUCAUCAUCUAGAAACGUCAGUGAUUCAAAAGUGAAAUUGCCAUGGAAUCGGGUACCGAGCACGAUGGCUUUAAAUAUCCAUCUGUUCCCAAUUCACAAUGUGAUCUCAACAUAAAUAUUUAUGAGACCAUCAGUGACGGAAAUGUCAAUAAUAUGGGCACUUCGACAGUCGUGAGAAGUGGGAGCGACCCAAGUUCGUAUCCUCCAUCGAAUUAUCAGCUGAUCGUACGUCAAAGAUUCAUCAGGAGAAGUUUGUGGUUCUCGGACUCGGAUGAACAGGCCUUUGAGGUGCCAGAAUGUGACAACAGCAGUAAAAUCCUCAACAUAAACCUGCGCACGAUAGUUGACAGGACACGGGGAGCUUGGUCAGGGCCACAGGAGGGCUCCAGCACAGAGAGUCAAGGGGGGCAGAAAGACAGCGCAACAGAGAGUGCCAGCGCUAAGGAGAAAGCAGGGGAUACAUUGAACGUUGCAUCCACCGACGGCAGUAAAAAUGCUAUCAGAACUGCCAGCGACGAGAACGAGGAAGAGGCCGAAAUGAAAGCUGUUUCCACAUCCCCUGGGGGACGGUUUCUCAAGUUUGAUAUUGAGCUCGGGAGAGGGUCCUUCAAGACUGUCUAUAAAGGUCUGGAUACCGACACAUGGGUAGAAGUUGCCUGGUGUGAACUUCAGGACCGUAAGCUGACCAAAGUAGAGCGUCAGCGGUUUAAGGAGGAGGCAGAGAUGCUGAAGGGGCUGCAGCACCCCAACAUCGUCCGCUUCUACGACUUUUGGGAGUCACCCCUCAAAGGGAAGAAGUGCAUCGUCCUGGUAACAGAGCUCAUGACCUCAGGCACGCUCAAAACGUAUCUGAAGCGCUUCAAGGUAAUGAAGCCCAAGGUUCUGAGGAGCUGGUGUAGGCAGAUCCUGAAGGGCCUUCACUUCCUCCACACCAGGGCCCCUCCCAUCAUCCACAGAGACCUGAAGUGUGACAACAUCUUCAUCACGGGCCCCACCGGCUCCGUCAAGAUUGGAGACCUGGGGUUGGCCACGCUCAAGAGGGCCUCCUUCGCCAAGAGUGUCAUAGGCACCCCAGAGUUCAUGGCCCCAGAGAUGUAUGAGGAGCACUAUGAUGAGUCAGUGGAUGUCUAUGCCUUUGGGAUGUGCAUGUUGGAGAUGGCCACCUCAGAGUACCCAUACUCGGAGUGCCAGAACGCUGCACAGAUCUACCGCAAAGUCACCAGCGGGGUGAAGCCUGCCAGCUACAACAAGGUUGUGGAUCCUGAAAUCAAGGAGAUUAUUGGCGAGUGCAUCUGCCAGAAGAAAGAGGAGCGGUACUCCAUAAAGGACCUGCUGAACCACGCCUUCUUUGCGGAGCACACAGGGGUGCGGGUGGAGCUGGCCGAGGAGGAUGAUGGGAAGAAGACGGCCAUCGCCCUGAAGCUGUGGGUGGAAGACCCAAAGAAGCUGAAGGGAAAAUACAAGGAGAGCGGAGCCAUUGAGUUUACCUUUGAACUGGAAAAAGAGAGCUCGGAGGGCGUGGCCCAAGAGAUGGUGGAAUCAGGGUUCUUCCAUGAGAGUGAUGCUAAGAUCGUGGGGAAGUCGAUCCGGGACCGCGUAGCACUGAUUAAAUGGAGGCGGGAGAGGACUGUGUCGGCCAGAACCCCAGUGAACCAGGGAGAGGCAGGACUCAGGGCCCAGGCCACCCUAGCCCAGGGGACCUCUGCUGGGGCUACACAGGCAGGACAGCCCCCUUUGAUUGAGCCCAACGAGCCAGAGGCAGACCAGCACACCAGGCUAUGUAACCUUCCGGCCAGCGCAACCUCUGUCACAUCAGACAGUACCUUUGACAGCGGCCUGGGCUCCACUGUGUUUUCUGACUCCCACAGCAGCCAGCACAAUGUCCUCUACCAGUCCCAAGUGGAGCCCAUCACCAUGGCAAUGCAGCAGCGUCAGUGUUUGGCUUCAGCACGUCCCCGGUCCUGUGAAAGGGGCGAGGGGUGGAAAGCAGCCCUGGGGCCGGAGUUCCGAGUGGGUGCAGGGACACGGAGAGGGAGUGCCUCGGUCAUUGACACUCUUAGGGACAACAACGACAUCCCUCUUCAUAUGCUCCUGCAACCUAUUACAUCUGGGUCCUGCAACCAACAGAGAGCUUCCAGUCCCACCCCCACAUCACCAGACGACCAAUCAGAGAGCAGCCCCUCUGAGUUCCGCUCUGAGGCUGAGGACGGCUUCCCUUCCCUGAGUGCAUUUCCUGCCCCCAUCCUCCUGGCACCCCCAUCCCCCACGUACUCUGAGGCCCGACGUCAUAGUGACUCUUCUAUAGAAUCUCCGACGUUGGAAGCCACCAAUGGAAGCAGGUUGAAGUCUGUGUCAGUGGAGGCAGCGGUGGGGCGGAGGCACUCGGACCUUAGCACGCUGCAGAGCCUAAACUCUGCCCUUCAACACCACCAUCAUCAUCACCAAGGCGUGCCCAGAAGCCACCUGUGCCAGGCCUGCCUCUCUCUGCUGCUGCUGAAGUCACGAGAGGGGGGGCACAAGAAGCACACUGCUUUUCCCUUUCCACCACACCCCUGUGCUUGCCCCUACCGGCACCACCACUUCUCCAGUGGGAUGACAACAACUGCAGGGUCAGGAGGGAUGAAAGGACCAAGUCAUACAGGAAGUGACUUCUCUGACCUCUCCUUACUACAAAAGAACCUGAUGAACAUCAUCAGCCGUAAAACCACCCCAUCCAACCAGGGCCAAGACUCCCUCCUCCACCUGUCUGCAGCCCAGCAGCCUGUACGGAGCUAUGGGGAUGGUAGUCUGAAGUUAACCCAGAGAGGCAGCUUCAGUGGUGACCACACAGCACCCCCUCUAGCCAGGCCCACACAGGACCACAAGGCCAGCUACUGUGCUGGGGAGCACCGAGCCACCGGUCCUCCGGGAGUGCCCAGUGCUGUGCAUGCAUUGCUCCAGAACCAGUCAUCUCUCCAGGGCCAGCCUGCCUCUGCCCCAGCCCUGUACACGCCCCUGCAGUACCUCCAGCCUGGCCACAGCUAUCCCGCCAGUCCCCUGGCAGCCCAACAGACACCUACCGCAGCCAGCUACUCAGCUGCAGCUCUACAACACACCCCAGCCUCAGCAACUUACUCAGCCUCAAACAUUCCUCUGCAACAUAACCAUACUGGACAUAGCUAUCCAGCUCCAGCUCUGCAAAAGAUAGCAACAGCAGCAAGUCAUUCAACUGCAAAUGUACCACUUCAACAGCCUGCAGCAAGCUUUUCAGCAGCUACCCUGCCCCUGCAACAGCCACACACUGCAGCAAGCUACACUGCAGCAACUAUGCCAAUCCAACAGACACCAACUCCACAGAGCUACAUUGCCCCAACUCAGCAACAAAUGACUCAAACUGCUGCAAGCUACCCAGUUCCAAUUCUGCAACAGACCCCAACAGCAGCAAGCGUCUCAGCAGCAGUAGCCAUGUCUGUCCAACAUACUGUAUUGGCAGCUAGCAUAGGAACUGCAACAAUACCCUCACAACCAGCUGCACAGAGCUACCCAGCUCCAGUGGAGCAUCUGCAACAUCUCGCUCCCCCACAGAGCUAUGCAUCUGCAGCCCCAACUGUGGUCAACACCGUACCUAUUCCCAGUCUCCCUACUCAGGCUCCCAGUGUCGCAACACAGCCUCUAGCUGCUGCUGUGCUUCCCCCAAUCCAGCCUUGCCCAGCGCCACACAGCCUCCCAGCCACAGCCAGCCUCCCAGCCACAGCCAUGCCUCCCAGUCUGCAGCCAGGCCAGUCUAGUCCCAUGCAUCACAGCCAACAGACUGUGCCGGUCCCCAUUCAACAGCAACAUAGCCAGCCAAUGCCACAGCCCUCAGCACAACAUAGCCAACAGCCUGUGCAGGCCCCCAUUCAGCAGCACAACCAGCAAACUGUGCAGGUCCCCCUACCCAAACACAGCCAGACUAUGGCCCAGCCCACUGUCCAACAGGCUCCAGUCGUCCAGAGCUAUCAGUCACCUGCCCAUACUGUGCAGCAAGGUUCAACCCUCCAGAGUUACCCCAACGCUGCACCCCUAAUGGGGCAACCGAACGCUGCUUCACAGAGCCACCCACCCACAGCCCCACACAUAAAACAACAGGCUCCACCGGUACAAGGCUGCACGCCAACGAAACCCAGUGUGAUGGGUCAGGCCUAUCCAUCUGCUCUGACUCCACAGCAGGCUGCAGCCCCUCAGACCUACCCAGUGGCCCCCAUAGUGCAACAACAGACUGGGACUGCCACUCCACAGCACAGCCAGGCCCAGGCAGCUACACUACCACUAGGCCAACAGAACCAACCCUAUCUCUACAACACAGUUUUCCUGAACCAGAAUUUUCCUGCUGCUCAAAGCCUUUCCCAGCACCACCAAUCAUCAUCUAGUCUGCCUUCCCAGGCAUCGCCUUCUCAGCAGCUAUUGGCUCAGGCCUCUGUCCUUCAGCAGCUGCAGCCACUGCAGGUCUCCACAUCUCUGCCACCAACACACCUUUCCCAGUUUUCCUCACCGUAUCCCAACAUUCAAGUGGUGACCUCUCUGACUGGAUGUGACACCUACCCUCACCCCUGCCCUGUUCCCCAGUCCUACCCCUCCUCUCUGCCCCCUCUCUACGUCUCCCCAGGCCAGCCAGCCACUCUGCCCCCCUCUGUCUCGUCCCUCGCCCCCUUGCAUAUAGAGAAUGCUCUGGCGCCCCCCACCUCUGUGCCCCCGAUAUCCUCACACACACCCCUGCUGGCCAUGACAGCACCCACACUGCCACAGCAUCAGCAGAUGUACCCCGCUGCUCUGCAACAGAGUGUUAUGACACACACACACCCUCACACACAGCUCCCCACUCUCACACACCCGGUUCACUCACACCUUGCCUCACUGCCUGGACAACAGAACACACAACCACAGAAUACACACCACAUGCACCCAAACCCUGCUGCUGUACGCCUACCUUUUCAACACGUCACACACCCCACAUACUCACACCCCGCUGCUGCACCUGAACUUGCUCUGCCCAGCUUUCUGCCCUUAAGACAGCAGGUCCAGCAGCAGGCCAAGGCCCAGCUUCCAGAUGCCGUCCCCUUUGCACAGCCUAAUCAGCCUUCCCAGCCUGCAGUUUUUUCCCCUCCAGUACAGACUGUGCCGGACCCUGGCACAGGUACUGCCGCAACCCAGCUUGACCUCAACCAAAACCCCAGCCAAACCCAGUCCCAGCAUCAGGCCCAAGGACAGAGCCAACCACAGGCUCCAGCUCCACUACCCCCUGACUCCCAGACAGCAGCCCCUUGGCCUGCCAGCACCAGCCUGACUCAGCAGAACCAGGCCAGUGCCAGCAGCUGCUCAGGGACCACACUCACCUCGGGACAGGCUCAAACAGAGUCCAAUCUGGAGGAUCCUGGUGUAGAGAAGCAGGCUUCAUGGGCCAGCUACUCCUACGACAGUGUGAACUCCGACGCCACCUCAGGGAAGGAGAUGAGCGAUGGUAACGAGGGGACGCAUGGAUCAGGGAAGGGCGAGGGGAAGGUCCGGAAACACCACCGCCGCUCCACGCGCACCCGCUCACGCCAGGACAAGAUCAACAAGCCCAAACUCAGCAUGCUCAAUGUGUAUUAUACAGGGGAUAAGAUGGUGGAGUGUCAGCUGGAGACACACAACCACAAGAUGGUUACCUUCAAGUUCGACCUGGACGGAGACGCACCUGAGGAGAUAGCCACUUACAUGGUGGAGAAUGACUUCAUCCUGCUCCUGGAGAAGGAGAUGUUUAUAGAGCAGUUAAAGGAUAUUGUGGACAAGGCUGAGGACAUGCUGAGUGAGGACACGGAGGGGGAAAGGAUCUCUGACCACGUGGGCAGUCCCCAGCAGAGCCACGGAGCAGUCAUACUGGGGGGAGAGGGUUCAAAGACGGCUACACCUAAUUCACCACAACUUGUGUACCAGCAGAACGUCCUCCACACUGGAAAGCGCUGGUUCAUCAUCUGCCCCGUGGCCGAGACGCCCACGCCAGACAGAGAGAGGACUUCAUCAGACACCUCUACAACCAAGGAGACUCCUGUCACAUCAUUGUCUAGGUCCAGUUGCAGUACUACUCCGCCAGUGUCUGCCCCAACUCCUGUUCUUGCCCUGACCACCACAUCCCCUACUCCAGGCCCCUCUGCACCUCAAAGCUCUGCCCAGUCUCAGGACACCAACGUGGGCAAGGCCAGAGUUCAGCAGCCCCAGGCCUCUGGAACCAAACCCUCCACCACCAGUGCUACGACUGCUUCCAUGGGCCGCCACGACUCUCUUUCAGGCAGCGAACCCUGCAUCUCCAUGGUAACAGACAUCCCAUGCUGCCCCAUCGUCCCACCUGUGUCCCUGGAUGUGAAUGGGGUGGGACAUAAAGGGGUGAGUGGCACUUCCUCAUGUCUACCCAAUCAGGAGACCAGCCUGUCAGGAGACCCGCCCCCUCCGCUGGCCUCCCACCAGCCAGUGGUCCUGCAGCAGCCCUAUGCCAUGCCAAGCAUGGUGGGUGGAGGAGGUGGAGCCACAACACCAUCACAGCCCCAGAGUCCCGCCCACCAGGCUUCCCAGCAGCAGGAUGGACCUGGGGGGUCUGGGAGUGGAGGUGGUUGCGGCCUGGGGGAGUCUGAUGGAGAGGGCCCACCCAGGGUGGAGUUUGUGGACCGUACCAUCAAGACUCUGGAUGAGAAGCUGAGGAACCUGCUGUACCAGGAGUACGCCCAAUCUGCUCCCUCCAGCACCGCCUCAGACCUCCAGGGCUCCAACACAGAGGGGGUCAGCUCUCCCCCUGUCUCUGACUGCCAGACCACCUCUGGGGGGGGGCUCCCCAGGAAGGGAGAGGUCCUGCCUCAGAUUCCUGAGCGUACUGAUAGUUUGGGUACACUGAGUGACACUGCAGGAUUGUUGAACAGGAGAGACUUUGUGGGCAGUUCCAGUUCCUAUGGCUCCAAGAGCCGCUUUCAGAUCAUCCCCACUCCUCCGGACGUCAUCCGUCGUUUAGAGAAGGGCAGAAGUUGCAGCUCCCCGGCUCCCUCUAGUGGUUCGGGGGGCUCUCGCGCCGCAGCCGAGGGGGGCGGCCCACGAGACCAGGGGUGUAUGGUCGUGGGUAGGUUCUCAGUGAUGACCACUGAAGAGGGUGCGGAAAACGCCCCCAAACCCCCCUGUAGUAACCGCUACUCAGCCCCCCCAGACUUGUACCAGGACACCACCGCCUCUAGCCCCAACGCCACCCCCAGGCUGCUCCCACGUGCCCACACUGCUGACGCUGCCACCAACCACUCCUUUCACUUCGACUCUGACUCGGGGGAGGAGGACACCAGUAGUUUAGCCCCUCCCCUUGCCUACCACAAGCCUCCGGCUCAUGCCCUCCCGGAACACAGCGGAAGUGACCUCAUGAAGAGGGCGGUGGCCUUCCUGCGCCGCACUGGCCGCAGCAGUGUGCAAAGCUCUGAUUCGCCGAGCCGGCAAUCCGUGGUAGCGAAUGGCCAUGCCAUCUCGCCGCCUGGACCCGGCCAUGUAUCAUACGUCAGCAGUGACAAUGACUCUGAGUUUGAGGAUGCGGACAUGAGGAAGGAGCUGCAGAGGCUGAGGGAGAAACACAUGAAGGAGAUCUCUGAGCUGCAGGCGUUCCAGAGGAGUGAGAUAGAGCGUCUGUAUAAAGAGCUGGGGAAAGCCGUGCCGCCUGGUGUAGGCCUGUUGCACGCUGCUCCCCCUAGUGGCCGCAGACGCAAGGUCAGCAAACACAAGCUGAAGGCAGGCAAGCUGCUCAACCCCAUGGUGCAGCAGCUGAAAAACAACCUGAAUAUCACCACCACCGUAUUUCCCUCUGAAGGUGAGAGCGCACCGAGCUCGUCUGGCUCUCCAGCUAAGAGCUCCAUUGUGUCUGACGGCUCGGCCCGCUCCAGUGGCAGCAGUACCAGUGGCACUCGGCCCAGCAAGGCCCCAGAGCCUGUCCAGACCCAGCAGCCCUGCUCUCUCAAGGGCUCGUUCUCUUCUGACAACAUCUACGGUGGGGGCAUGGCCACACACGUAGGCCCAGGGCAAGGCUGGACGGUAUACCACCAAACGUCAGAGAGAGUGACCUAUAAAUCUAGUAGCAAACCGCGUGCUAGAUUCCUCAGUGGACCCGUGUCUCUGUCCAUCUGGUCCACACUGAAACGACUAUGUCUUGGCAAAGAGCGCAGUAGUAGGUCUUCUCAUGGCGCCAGUGCAACUCAGACGGCAUCCAAUCAGCAACAGCCACCAGCUGUCCCCAAUCCUUUGCCAUCUCCUCAACCAAUGACGGUGCUAGCUCAGGCCCAAACAAACAACAGCAACAACAAGAAGCCAGGUACUUUCACGGACGACCUGCACAAGCUGGUAGAUGAUUGGACGAAGGAGACGCUGGCGGCCACACAGCCACGGCCCUCUCUGAACCAGAUCAAACAGCAGAGACGCAUGCAGGACCUGGAGGGUCAAGCCAUGCAGGAGGUGAGAUGUCCCAUCCCUCCAAACAAGUUCCAGCUGUCAUUGUCGUGCCCGUUGACAGCUGCUUUAGGCCCAGCCAUGCCCACUGCCCUGAGCUCCAACCCCUCUGCCAUGCUCCAGCCCGGGUACAUGGUACCAGCAGGCCCCUACGGAGGGGUGGUGCCCGGCCCCCUAUACCCCCAGCAGUGGUCUGGUAUGCCCAGCCCUGUGGGGAUGAUGGGGGCAGCGGGAGGGAUGCCCUACCCCACCAUGGCCAACCCAGGGGUGCAGGCCUACCCCCUGACCCUGCACAGCCCUAAGAACGUCCCCAACACCAGGACUACCUAACGUGACAACUAGCACCUCCCUGCACCCACUAAACCCCCAUCUUACCCCAUCACCCAUGAUGCUCAACACAGACUGCCCCCAGAUGUUCCCCUCUAUCCCAGCACACUCACAUCAGGACUGCCUGACUAAAAGGUUAGCAACACAGGAUUAGUUAAAACCUAACUCCACUCUGUCCCCCCUGGUUCUCACUCCAGGGUUACAAUUGUAACGAAAUCAAACUCUUAAAAACUUUAGAGUGAUGGGCUGAAAAAUAGAGUAAAGUAGGGCCCACACAAUUAAAUGCUCCAACAAAUGGCUUAUGGGUCAUUCCACGUCAUAGCACAAGAAAGAUGAUUUCGACACCCACCAUCUGAUUGUGCUGAAAUAUUUUCUGUAGUUAGAAACCGAUAAUAUUAGCAUUCCUGAAAAUGUUUGUUGAGAUAUAAUUUGAUAUCUGAGAAAUUAAACUAAUUGCACAAAAAUGAGCUAUUUUAAUUUAUAUGAUACAUAUAAUCUUCAAUAAAAAUAUAGUACCUAACAUCCGAUUUGGACCAUAAUUCUUCAUGACAAUUAGUAAGACGUGGUAUCCAAUAAAAUGAUCAAAAGCCAUCCACGGACCCAUGUGAAUCUGGUGACAGUUUUUUUCCCCUUUUCACACCCCUUUUCACAGAAAUUAGCCCUUUGAAGUCUCUUGCAUUAUUUGAAUUUUAUAUUCCUCUUUUUUUCCAUUUAACCUUAACUUAACGAGGCAAGUCAGUUAAGAACAAAUUCUUAUUUACAAUGACGGCCUACUGGGGAACAGUGGGUUAACUGCCUUGUUCAGGGGCAGACCGACAGAUUUUUACCUUGUCAGCUCGGGGAUCCUUUCGGUUACUGGCCCAACGCUAUAACCACUAGGUUACCUGCCGCCCCAUUUACCAUCGAUUUAGUGUGAAAGUACCCUGUUUUGCCCACUACAUGACACUGUUUCUGCUACUGCCACACCCUUUAAUCAAUUUUGCUGGUCUCAAUUUUGCUGGUCUCUCUAGUACAAUCUUCUGUCAUGUGCGAAACCAAGCAAGAAAGGCGUUGCACACUGUGGUGUGUGUGUGUACAUGCGCAUGUGUGUAAGUGUGUGGUCAUGUUGGUUUUUUAUACUAUUAUAAAUAGUAUUCUCUACAUUUUAAUCUAGCACAAAUGGAAAAAAUAUUCACCCAUUUGUUCAGCUUUGUUUUUUUUCCCUCCCCGAAUCAUCAUUCUGUUAUUCUUUAUACAUUAGAGGGAAUCUUCUUAAAUGUGAAUAAAUAAAUUGUAACCCCGGAAUAGAUCAGGUGUAACCCACACUCAAACACACUCAAAUGCUUACACACACACAUAGUGUUUUGCAAUGGUAUGGUGUUGGGUUGUAAUGGUUAAUGUCACUUAUCACACUACAUAUAGAGAUGUUUUCUAAUAUUAUUUUUUAACAUACAACUGCAAUGGUUUAAAAUGGUAUUUUAUUAGGAUUGUCACAUUUGCAUCACCAGCCAAUUUCUCAAGUUUUGGGCUUGUAGGAAAAGUCUUCAUAUUGCACCAUAAGGAGAGCCCUCUCAGGGAGCUUGUUGGACCAUUUGUUGGACUAUUCAAGAAGAGUUAGGUUGAAGCAUUAGGUUUCUAAGAGAAGGACAAACUGAAUUGCUUUCAUGGAGGACUGGCUUGAAGGAUGACCACACAAUCUAUUUUCAUCAUGAGUAAAAGCUAUUGGUGUUCUACCCAAAGUUGCAAAAGAAAAUGUUGUGAUCCAUUUAAUAAACACGAGAAACCAGCAAAAUUGAUAAAAAAAAGGGUAUGGCAGUAGCAGGAACAGCGGCAUCUAGUGGGCAAAUGCUGGUACUUUCACACUAAUUUGUGGUAAGUAAUGCAGGCUACUUCAAUGGCUAAUUUCUCUGAACAGAUUCACAAGGAAUACAUUACAUGGGAUGAAGAAGCAAUAAUCCAAGCCGCAGCUCCAUACUACUUGUCAGACAUAGAGAACUGAUACUUUAUACUUGUUGUUGGGGUGAGAUUGGUGUGGGGGGGUCUUGUGGGUGACUUUAGACCAUGUUAUUGGAUUCCUCGUCUUACUCAAUGAUAGGUAGAAGUUUGGUCCAAAUCGGAUGUUGGGUACUAUAUGUAUUGAAUAUUAUGUGAAUCCUAUCAAUUAAAAGGGCUAAUUUGGGUGCAUUCAAUUAGCUUAAUUUCUCAGAGAUCAUUUUUAUUAACAAAAUAGUGUUGUGGGUAUGCUAAUAUUAUCUGUUUCUAACUACAGAAACUAUUUCAGAACAAUCUGGGAUGGUGGGUGUCAUGGCUUGCUGAAAUGACAUGGAACGACUCUUAUGUGCUGGAGCAUCUGAGUACUGGUCCCUACUUGACUGUACUUCUCACCCCCUCCAGUGUUUCUAUAUGCAGGAUAAUCCUGCUCCACUCUUCUCAGAUUGUGGUUUGAUGCUUUAUUAAAGAGCAACGCACGUGUAAAUAGCCUGUGAGCUUGUAAAUAUCCAGUGUGCGUGUCAAUAUACUUUAUACAGCACCGGUAGUUUUCCUGUGUGUACAGUAUAAAUGUUCUGUGUGUGUCUGAGUACCUACUGCUUUUAGCUUUGGUCUUGUCUAAACUCACAGCCAUACUUUAUAAUAUCAGUGGUCACAAAUGUGAUGUUUUCACCAAAUCCGUCAUAAACGAUAAGUAGUCAUGUUUUCACAUUGAUUUUUAUCGUUUACUAAUGUUUUGUCAACAUUAAAGCACUACAUUAGAAAUCAAAAUACAAUGGUUUGACAUGAUGGGGCAGGAGACCUGUAUUUAAGGUGAAGUUCUCUGGAGGAGUGUAGUGCCUUGAACAUUGAUUUUUCUGUCCGCAUCCAAGAGAUUUUAUUUCAGGAUGGCUUUGUCUUUUUUUUCUUGGUUUACAUUUGAAUGCCCUUGAAGCACUGCACUAUUAACACAGUAUAUGCUUUAAUUUAAGUAAUAAAAUCAUCUUUUUAAUCUUUGUUUACUCCCCCACCCCUGUGACAUUUAGAACACCAUAGAGGUGAGAUGUACAGUUGCCCAGUUUGAACAGACAGUUGAUGUACAAUUUUUAAAAGUCAAAACCCACUCAUUGGGCAGUGGGUAGUGUCCUAGGCAUAGUUAGAAUUCUUAGAAUGAACAUACCUAUUCAAGUAAGCGUUCCCCAGUGGGUGGACCAAUUGAAUUCUCAUUCUAUAUUUCUAGAAUGAGGGGAACCCGUAGUGUCCAGCUCAGAAUGUAGCAGAGAGACAGGUUUGCUGAGCAAGACUUAAAGUGCAAUUUCACCUAUCCACCUAGCUUUCGUAGCGGCCUUCCCACAAGCCUUACCCAGGAACCUGCAACAGGAGCUAGUUUCUUUUGUUGCCGUUUAGUUGAACAUAAGUUACAAAUCACAUUGAAAACAAUAACAGCAGUUACAACUGCUAAAUAUUUUCUGUUGGGGCAAGAACAUGGUUCUCCUUUUAUUAGGCACAUUAUGUUAUUUUUUUAGUGCAGUCACCAGUUAUUAUUUACUUGUCUAAAGUAUUGCCAUUGUUUUAUGUUUCUAAGCUUGAUUUUGAUGCUGCUAGUGUGUCUGAGGUGGAUCCACUAAGUAUGAAAGGGGAGUUGAUGUGUUUUAUCUGGACACAUGAUGAUACAGUGGAGUCCCUCCAGUAAUAAAAACCUUUGUCAGAGGGUGAGUUGUUUUCUCAAUGAGAUUAUGUUCAUGUGAAGCAGUGUUAUUAUAUUGCCUUGUUGAAAUUAAUAAAUGAUGUAUCAUUUCCUAGGUGGUUAUUGAUGAUAGCCUUGCUUUUCAGUGUUGUUUUGAGUGUUUGAUUUCUCUGUUCAGAAUGAAGCAUGCAAACUCCAGAUGGAUACUUGAUUUGCACAACAUGACCUGUGCUCUAACUAUAACCCAUAAUAUCAGUUCCAACACACCUAUACAUAAUGAGGUUAACCUCCCCCACCCUAUAUCCUCCUGACCACUGAAGAGCAUGUGUGUUAUUUUCCAUACAGCCGAGAUUAACAUUACUAUACCGCCAUUUAGAAAUGUCACAGCCACCACACCAGUGAAAGGUUGCAGCACCCCAGUCCUGCCAAGAUGUGAAUUGUACAGUUUUCCUGUCAUUAAUAUUCAUAUAUUUUGUUUAACUGUUUUGGGAUUUCACGUCGGUGUAUAUUAUUCCAUCAAUUCGGUUUGAAUUGGACUUUUUAUAGGAUAUAAUGCAGAGUUGUCUGCUUUGGUGAAAUACUUGCAGUAGUAAGAGAUUUCUGUUCUCUGUUACUCGUAUCUGACAUUACUGCUACACCUCCCUGUCUGUUACACUUAGUGAGCAGAUUUGGAAAUAACUCUGUUCGAAUAUUCACUGGGAGGCAACAUUCAGAUCCAUAGAAACUGAUCGUAUAGAGCAGAUGUGGUUCUCUGUGAGGAAUAGAGAAUAAUGCCUGUUCUGAUCAUUGCAUUUCUAUCAGUUCUGAGUAACAUUGCCUCAUUGAAUAUGCCUGUAAUAGUGGAAGGCUUGCACUAAAGCUCUGUGUCGGAUUGCUUCUGCCUGCUGUGUAUCACUAGGUUACCUUACCAACCCAGUCAGCGCACUCAUCACAGACUGUACAUGUUUAAAGAGAAAUAAACAUUAUUUUGUGCUUGA